UGGAAGAAAAAGGCAGGAAAUUUUAAUGUGUUCUGCCGUCUGCGACUUGUGUCAAAGGUGUGUUGUCAAGAACAGAGAGGGUAAACCGAGACCGAAAGAAAGAGAGGCGAAGUAAUUGCUUAAAUUUCUGCUGCUCCAGAUGCAUACACAUGGUGAUGAAGCAAGGGAAGACGUCAAAGAGACCUCUUAAUAUCGUCUGGGACAAACUUCUGGGCUGUAAAGACGACGAGCCGACACCUGAUUUAGUCAUUCAGCCCACCAUCACGACUUCGAAUUACCUUGAAAUGGACUCCGAUCGGCAGUAUGUUGUAAGGGAAGAAUACCAAAAGCUUAGCGAUGUUGAACUGGAAGAUAAGAUUCGCAGAAUGAAGCAAUUCUAUGAUAGUUGGGCUUGCAAGUUGCCAGACAAGGGGGAAAAGUAUCUUCGCAUUCUGGAGCUGUCUGAGAAAGAGAAGGAAUCCAGAAAGCUCCGUCGAGUUGAAAAGACAGAUUGCAACAAUAAUGCCUUUGGUCAAGAGCUAUCAAUUUUGGCAGACUGUGGUAAUCAGAGACCAAGAUGUAAUAAUAGGUUAUCACCCAAAGUAAAACAGAAGGGUCAAACAUCAUCCAGACAGCAGCCAUUCAAAUCUGUCAACAAUCUUUUUACUGAUGUAGAUAAAGAAGUUUUUCCAGUUGCCGCCAAUAGUAAAAGUCUCGAUCAGUUUGAUUUUCAUGUCAGUGAAAGGCAGCCUGACUGUUUUGGGAAGAAGGAUGCUUCUGAAGUUCAGCAUUCAGAUACUCCGAUGCCUCAAAAGGGACAGACCAUUGUAGUUGUAGACGAGGAGGAAGCUUUGGCAAUGAAAAUACCAGAAGAUUAUGAUAAAUGCAUGAAAGAGGCCAAGAUCUACUACCCAUCGAGGGAUGAUCCAGAAUCCGUUGAAAUUUGUUUUGAGGACAUAAAGUGUCUUGAUCCAGAGAGUUAUUUGACAUCAACGAUCAUGAACUUUUAUAUUCGGUAUUUACAACAGCAUGCAUUUUCAACAAAUAAGGUGAUAUGCAAUUAUCACUUUUUUAAUACAUAUUUUUAUGAAAAGCUGAAGGAGGCUGUUUCAAACAAGGGGAAGGAUAGAGAUAAGUUUUUCGUCAAGUUCAGAAGAUGGUGGAAGGGCGUUAAUAUAUUUCAGAAAGCAUAUGUACUGAUUCCAAUUCAUGAGGAUCUCCACUGGAGUUUGGUGAUUAUAUGUUUUCCACAGAAGGAAGAUGAAUCUGGAACCAUUAUACUUCAUUUGGAUUCACUGGGACUACACUCUAGCAGAUCAAUUUUCGAUAACAUUAAGAGUUUUAUAAAAGAGGAAUGGUGCUACUUGGAUCAAGAAGUUGCUGAUUCAGAUCCUCCAAUGCCAUAUAGAAUAUGGAAAAAUAUCUCUCGAAGAAUUGAAGAGAAAAUAAUCGAGGUUCCACAGCAAAAGAACGAUUAUGACUGCGGUCUCUUUGUUCUAUACUUCAUAGAGCGUUUCAUUGAAGAGGCUCCUGAUAGGCUAAAAAGGAAGGACUUGGAUAUGUUUGGCAAGCGGUGGUUCAAAUCCAAGGAAGCUUCCAGCUUGAGGACGAGGAUAAGAUGUCUGCUCAAAGCAGAGUUCCAAGAUGUGAAAAUGCGAUGCCUGUCAGGUUCUGUGGGGAGCUCUUCCUCAGAUGACGCUCCAAAACAGUGACUUGGAAGAUCUUUGUAUGUUUCAAGUAAUAGUUCACUUGGAAGUGGGCAGGCGGGCGGGCCGGCGGGCGGGCGGGCUGUGCUAUCCACUAUCGUGUCUGGCUAGUGAAGUUAAAGCAUCUCACUACUCUCGUCCUAGCAACUAACCGCACUUGGGUAUGAUUUCUUAACAAAUUCAGAUAAGUGUCUGCAAUAAGUUGAAAUUCAAUGGUGGGUUGUUAGGGUCACAUCACAACACCAAGAAAUCAAAUUAGACGAACUAGAAAAACUUAUCACUUGGCUUGAUUUCCUAGGACAUGAGGAACAUACCCAAGGCUUAGGCUUUCGACCAUUGCAUGCAGUGGGGACUUGGAGGUAAUCUGUCCAUAGGAUAGCUCUGUUGGUUUGUCCUGUGAGUGACUGCUCUUACCCUCCUUGCAUGACGCCUAUUGAAUAUUUUUAUGGAGUAAAAAGUGUAUUUAGCUAAAUGGAACGUACACGCCUUAGUGGCUUUUAGGUAUAUUUGAGAGUAAUUUUGAAUGAUUAAAAAUGUGUUUCAAAGUAAUUUGAAUCAUUUCAAAAGCACUCUCAAACAUACUCUUAAUUAUUCCAUUCUCAUCCCUUUCUCAUUUGAUUGCGUGUUCCACUCUUCGAUGGCAUCCUACAGAUGGGCUGCAAAGUUAUGUGAGAAUCUGCUGCAGACUUUGCAUAUAUCCCUUUGUUUAAGGUAAGGUUUGUAAAUUUGAGUACAAGAACAGCCUACUGUUUUGACAUUUCAUAUACCUUGAACAUGGAUAUUUCUUAAUAUAUCUUUUAAAUUUGUGAGAUGUCUCUGUCUAA